AUGGAACCAGAAGUGACUGUCCCCGGGACUUACAAUGUUAAUGAAAUACAUCCCUGCUAUGUAUUAGCUAACACAACCUACAUAUUUACAAGCAACCCUUCCAUAAUAUGCGUUUUAUUAUAUUUUUUCCUUAGCACAUUGUCUGUUGUCACAAUAUGUGGAAACUUUCUUGUAAUAAUCUCCAUCAUUUACUUCAAACAGCUCCACAUCCCUACUAACUACCUUAUUCUCUCUCUGGCUGUGGCUGACCUGCUUGUGGGAGUUUUAGUUUUUCCUUUUAGCAUGGUAUUCACUGUAACCUCGUGUUGGUAUCAUGAGGGUUUAUUUUGUAAAGUACGAGGAAGCUUUGAUGUUACACUGAGCACAGCUUCAAUUUUGAACUUAUGCUGUAUUUCUAUUGACAGAUAUUACGCAGUUUGUAAGCCUCUUGUUUAUGAAAGUAAAAUUAAUGAUCAUAUUAUUAGGAUUAUGAUCCUGGUGAGCUGGGGAAUUGCUUCUUUGAUUGGGAUUGGCAUCAUUAUUGCAGGUUUUAAUCAAGGAAAAUGUGAAGAAAGUUGUUUAAUUGAUGCUCUAAUAUCAACCACUCUAGCGUGCAUAUUUUCCUUUUAUAUCCCAGUCAUUAUAAUGCUUAGUAUCUACCUGAAGAUCUUCCUUGUUGCACAGGAACAGGCACGCAGCAUCCAAAACACAACCUGUCAGAGCAAAAAGUCUGGAGGAACUGUGAGUAAGAAUGAGAGAAAGGCCACUAAAACUCUGGCUAUUGUUUUGGGAGUUUUUCUCUUGUGUUGGACUCCUUACUUUCUUUGUAUCAUAUUUCAGCCUUUAACAUAUAACGUUACACCAAUUGCUGUGAUAGAAACACUUAACUGGCUUACACUUUUAAAUUCAAUGCUCAAUCCAUUCAUUUAUGCUUUCUUUUACAGCUGGUUCAGAUCAGCUUUCAGAAUGAUCAUUUCGGGAAAGAUAUUUCAGGGACAUUUUGCCAACUCAAAACUUCUUUGA